AUGCUCGAGACACGAUCCAUGGUCCCUGACCUUGUUGCUGCUGCUGUUGCAUGCCAGGACCGAUCGGGCCUCCAGGCUGCUGGAAUUGCGGCUGUCCAGGAGGACCUUGCUGGAACUGUUGUGGGCCUGGAGGUCCCUGGAGCAUGCCAGGCUGAGGAGAAGUUGCUGGUGGAGGAGCCUGUUGUCCUGGUUGGGGAGCAGGAGAGGCAGAUGGUGUUGACUGGGCAGACAGGUUGGAAGGUUGCGCCCCAGGAGCUGCUGGCUGCAUCUGUGUACCAGGCUGGAGGUUUUGAGCCCCGGAAGGAGUAG